AUGUCUUCCGUCAAGGCCCAAUUGAAGGCCAUUGGUGAUGCGGUGAAGACGAAUCAGUUUGACGAUGCCAUCGAGCUAUCUCGGGCCCUCAUUCAAAAGGAUUCAAAAAAUUACCUAGGUCAUAUUUUCUUGGGUUUCUCACUAGAGAAGAGACAGCAGCUGGAUGCUGCGGAAAGGGCCUACUUAGAUGCCGCGAAGAUUCAACCACAGUCCCCCCAGGCAUGGCAGGGCCUGAUAAAGCUCUUUGAAGUACAGGACAGGAAGAAAUUGUCAGCCUAUCGAGACGCCGCCAUCAAGCUGGCGGAGAUCUACAGCCAGGUCAAUGAGCUGCCGAAAUGCCGAGACGCUAUCAACAAGUUCGUCGAGUUCGCGAAUGAGAAUGGUGAUCGGAGGCAAUAUGUCGAUGCCUUGGCCCUUACGACACCCGAGAGUCCAGUAUACGAGGCUCUCGAGGGCCACGUUCCCCGCCCCGCCCACACGUAUGAGAAAAUGGCUACUAUCGCCGAGGAGGAUGAAAGGAAGCGAAUCAACACGUUGAUCGGAGAGCGGAGGACGAGGAUUGGUGCGAGACUGAACGACGUGACAGUGGAAGUCAAGAGGGAGGUCCUAACCGAGAGCAAACUCGAACACAUCUAUCGACAACUCAUCAACUGGGUCGCCGACGAUGAGCUUCGUCGCCUUUACGAGGAGAAACUCCUCCGACACUGUUACGAUCGCCUCGUCGUGACUCCACCCGGAGAUGAGAAGACGGCGAUUCGUGACACUGUCGUUCAACUCGCCAACGACAUGGUCAUCAUUAAACACCCUCUAAAGUUCGCGUGGGAUAUCGCCAUUGACUGGAAGGAUUAUAAGGACAUCGCAGAGUGGGACGUCAACAUUCUCAGAGAAUAUUGCUCGUUCUUCCCCGACAGCGAUGUGUACAAGGUCAUCACCGGUUUCUUGACGAGCUCCAUUUCUCCGUUCCCCGCCGCCCCUAAGCCGCAAGUUGCUGCUGACCUCGUCGAGUCCGAGGAAGAGACCAGUGAGGACGAUUCUGACGGCGGGGCUCCUACGUCGUUUGUUCCAGUCACUGACGAAGACCGACUUCUCAUGAUGACCGACGGGAUCGCAACUGCAAACUCACUGCUUGCGUAUCGUCUUAUGGGAGAGUACUAUCAGCACCUCGAGGAAUACGAAAGCACGGUAGAGUUGAUGCGCAAGGCCCUAGUUCACGUCAACCAGGAGCGAGUAAAAUCCGGAUUCUCUUUCCGGAAUACCAUCGAUGCGUAUUCGCUGUACCUUGGAACAUCCCUAGUCUUUUACCAGUCUCCCAGGCAUCAUGAAGAGGCAAUGUCCCUGUUCAACAAGGUGCUAGACCACGACCCUACCUCAACUCCGGCGAUGAUUGGUGUGGGUUUAAUCUACGAAGAAGAGGAGGAAUACCCUAAAGCAGUCGACUUUCUAACGCGAGCACUCGAGCGUGAUGCUUCAAACCUUCGAGUUCGGACCGAGGCCGCUUGGGUCAGGGCACUCGCGGGGGAUUAUGCUGCUGGAAAAGAAGAGCUGGCGCAAUGCGUUGCCCUUUUGGAGAAGAAGAAGAGCUCAAAAGCCAAUAAGGAGCUUCUAGCCCUCACUCAGUAUAGACUGGGAUGCUGCAUCUGGAACCUCGACAAAUCAAAGGCCGCCCGAAAAGACCGCAACGGGGCCUACGCUUACUUCCUGGGUGCUCUAAAGAAUAACCUUAACCUGGCCCCGGCCUACACAAGCCUGGGCAAAUUCUAUGCCGACUACGCGAAGGACAAAAAGAGAGCCAAGCGAUGCUUCCAAAAGGCUGUCGAACUGUCUUCAUCUGAAGUGGAGGCCGCUGAAAGACUUGCGCGAUCCUUCGCCGAUGAGGGGGAUUGGGAUCGGGUCGAAGUGGUGGCUCGGCGUGUCGUGGAUUCUGGCAAAGUCAAGCCACCUCCCGGAUCCAAGAGGAAGGGCAUAUCGUGGCCCCAUUCGGCCCUCGGAGUUGCACUCAUGAAUAAGUCGGAAUACCGAGAUGCAAUCGUGUCUUUCCAGGCUGCUCUUCGGAUAUCACCCGAAGACUACCAUUCAUGGGUUGGACUGGGCGAGAGCUAUUACAGUUCAGGUCGCUAUAUUGCGGCCACGAAAGCGGUUCUGCAUGCCCAAACUCUCGAGGAGACGGCGUCUCCCGAGGUUCUGGGGGAUGCAUGGUUCACCAAGUAUAUGCUUGCUAACAUCAAGCGGGAACUUGGCGAAUUCGACGAAGCCGUGACCUUGUACACGGAGGUGCAUAGCAGCCGCCCCAGCGAGGAGGGAGUUAUCCUGGCCUUGAUGCAGACUAUGAUUGAGAAUGCCAGGGACUGCAUUGUUAAGGGAUUCUUCGGCAAGGCCGUCCAGCUGUCGACGGACGUGAUUGAGCUUUCCGUUGAGACAAAUGCCCUGGUUUCCCAGACCUUUAACUACUGGAAAGUACUCGGAGAUGCCUGCUCAGUCUAUGUUUCAGUUCGGAGUCGGAUUGAAGAGUUCCCUGUAAACACUAUUCAACAACUUUUGCAGGGUGCUGACAUAGAGUCCCACGCCGACGUGCUUGCGGAUGUUGACAAGGUUCAACCGAACGCCGCAGAGGCCGAGAGCAUCUUCCCAAGUGGCGAGCUGAACGGGGAGAUACUAUCUAAGUGUCUCCACGGCAUGAUUCUCUGCUUCAAGCUCGCUAUUCAUGUUUCCUCCAACGAUAUCCAUGCGCAAGCUGUGGCCUAUUAUAAUCUUGGUUGGGCGGAAUACCAGGCCCAUACCUGCCUCCCCCUUAAGGGAAAGAAGAAGAAGUCGAGCCAGUACCUGCGUGCCGCCAUCAGAGCGUUCAAGAGGGCAAUCGAGCUGGAGCACGGCAAUGCCGAGUUUUGGAAUUCUCUUGGUGUGGUGACCAGCCAGAUCAACCCCGAAGUGUCCCAGCAUGCCUUUGUCAGGAGUCUUCAUAUCGAUGAGCGUAACCCUAUCGCAUGGACCAAUCUCGCAACGUUGGCUCUCCUCCAGAAUGACGCGCAACUUGCAAACGAAGCGUUUACGAGAGCCCAGUCGAAUGACCCUGAAUACUCCUAUGCCUGGCUUGGACAGGGCUUCGUCGCUCUGCUUUUUGGAGACAAGGACGAAGCGCGAGGCCUCUUUACGCAUGCCAUGGAAAUUUCCAAUUCUUCUACAGUUGCUAUCCGCCACCAGUACUCGGCGUCGAUAUUCGACCAUAUUGUCACAUCCCCUGCUAAGAUGGGAAUUAUCGACCUACUUCAGCCACUCUAUGCGCUCUCCCAAUCCGAGGCAAUGUCCCCCGGAGACUUGGCCUACCGCCAUUUACGAACUCUCUUCCAAGAACGAAUCCACGACCAUUCCAAGGCUCUUGGAACCCUAGAGGAUAUUUGUGGCAUCCUAGAAGCCGAGUACGAAGAAUCCGAAUCGCCCGAGGCUCUCGGUCGCUUCGCGCUGGCCAAGGUCGAUCUUGCGAGAUCCUACCUCGCAACAGGACGGUACGAUGACGCUGUAGAAUGCGGUGACAUGGCGUUGAGCCUGACCAGCGACGAGGCGGAGAACGAAUUAGACAAGGAGCAGCGCAAAAAGGGCAGAUUGUCGGCCCAUCUUACCGUCGGUCUCGCUCAGUAUUUCAAGGGGGACAUUGUCGAGUCGAUCUCGUAUUUUGAAUCUGGUCUCGAGGAAUGCGACGGAGAUGCGGACGCAGUCUGCCUACUUGCGCAGGUGCUCUGGGCCACGGGCUCCGAAGAGUCUCGAGAGAAGGCCAGAGAUGUGCUGUUCACCGUCAUCGAAGAGCAGCCGGAUCACAUCCAAUCGGUCCUUUUGCUGGGUGUCAUUGCGCUAUUGGACGACGACGACGAGAGCCUCGAGGCAGUUGUAUCCGAGCUUCAUUCGCUACGCACGAGCGACAAGGUCAAGGGUGCGGACCAUUCCCGGAUCGGUACGGUGCUCAAGUGUAUCCGAAUGAUGCCGGAGGACAGAACCGAGGAGGAUGUCCUCACAGAGAUACAGACGGACAUUAUGCUGUAUCCCCAUCUCCCGCACGGUUGGACCUCCCUCGCUACGGUUUCUGGCGCCGAGUACCCAGCUGAGAUGGCGGUCAAGGUUGCGCUGGCGGGUAUUCCGCCUAGAGGUAGUCUCGAUGCGGGCGAUUUGGCCAAGGCGUAUGCUGGUACUGGCAAGGCGGCUGAUGCGCAGGCUGCUAUCUUCGUGGCGCCUUGGGCUAGUGAUGGAUGGAAAUCUUUGGGCGAGAUUGUGGAGGCGGCCAUGAAUGGAUGA